GGAGAGAGAGAGAGGGAGAGGGAGAGGGGGACAUGUUAAGAGAGAGAGACCGUAUGGCAGCAUGGGAGAGAGAGAGGGACACGACGAGAGAGUAAGAGAGAGUGAGAGGAGAGAGUGAACGAGAGAGAGAGAGAGAGGCUCCCACUCCUCCUCCUCCUCCUCUUCCUCCUCCUCCCCCUCCUCCUCCUCCUCGCGCGCGGGGCUCGUGCAGCAUCAGAUAUGUGAGUGGCGGGAAGCAGCUCUUGCCUCGCGCUCUGUCUCGCGCUGCGGGAGGAUGGCGGGAGGACGGCGGGGUCUCGUGGCCCCUCAGAACACGUUCCUGGAGAACAUCGUCCGCCGGUCCAACGUUUGGACAUUAUCACAUAGACAGACAGACACCAACUUCGUGCUGGGGAACGCUCAGAUCGUGGACUGGCCGAUCGUCUACAGCAACGACGGCUUCUGCAAGCUGUCGGGUUACCACCGGGCCGAGGUCAUGCAGAAGAGCAGCACCUGCAGCUUCAUGUACGGGGAGCUGACGGACAAGGACGUAGCGGAGAAGGUUCGGCAGACCUUCGAGAACUACGAGAUGAACUCGUUCGAGAUCCUCAUGUACAAGAAAAACCGGAUGCCGGUUUGGUUUUUCGUGAAGAUCGCCCCCAUCAGGAACGAGCAGGACAAAGUGGUCCUGUUUCUCUGCACCUUCAGUGACAUCACCGCCUUCAAGCAGCCCAUCGAGGACGACUCUGUAAAAGGUUGGGGUAAAUUUGCCCGUCUGACUCGAGCGUUGACCAGCAGCCGGGGGGUUCUCCAGCAGCUCGCCCCGGCCGUCCAGAAGGGAGAGAACGUCCACAAACACUCGAGGCUGGCCGAGGUCCUGCAGCUGGGUUCGGACAUCUUGCCUCAGUACAAACAGGAGACCCCCAAGACGCCGCCGCACAUCAUCCUGCACUACUGCCUCUUCAAGACCACGUGGGACUGGGUCAUCCUCAUCCUCACCUUCUACACCGCCAUCAUGGUGCCCUACAACGUCUCCUUCAAGACCAAGCAGAACAACGUCACCUGGCUGGUGGUGGACAGCAUCGUGGACGUCAUCUUCCUCGUCGACAUCGUCCUCAACUUCCACACCACCUUCGUGGGGCCGGCCGGCGAGGUCAUCUCCGACCCCAAGCUCAUCCGCAUGAACUACGUCAAGACGUGGUUCGUCAUCGACCUGCUGUCCUGCCUGCCUUAUGAUGUCAUCAACGCCUUCGAGAACGUCGACGAGGGCAUCAGCAGCCUCUUCAGCUCCCUCAAAGUGGUCCGCCUGCUGCGCCUGGGUCGCGUGGCCAGGAAGCUGGACCACUACAUCGAGUACGGCGCCGCCGUCCUGGUGCUGCUGGUGUGCGUGUUCGGCCUGGCGGCCCACUGGCUGGCCUGCAUCUGGUUCAGCAUCGGGGACUACGAGGUGAUCGACGAGGACACCAACAGCGUGCGCAUGGACAGCUGGCUCUUCCUGCUGGGGGAGACGGUGGGCACGCCGUACCGCUUCAACGCCUCGGGCACGGGCCGCUGGGAGGGGGGGCCCAGCAAGGACUCGGUCUACAUCACCUCGCUGUACUUCACCAUGACCAGUCUGACCAGCAUCGGCUUCGGGAACAUCGCGCCCAACACGGACGGGGAGAAGAUCUUCGCCGUGGCCAUGAUGAUGAUCGGAUCGCUGCUGUACGCCACCAUCUUCGGUAACGUCACCACCAUCUUCCAGCAGAUGUACGCCAACACCAACCGCUACCACGAGAUGCUCAACAGCGUGAGGGACUUCCUCAAACUCUACCAGGUCCCCAAAGGCCUCAGCGAGAGGGUGAUGGACUACAUCGUGUCCACCUGGUCCAUGUCCAGAGGCAUCGACACCGACAAGGUGCUGCAGAUUUGUCCCAAGGACAUGCGGGCGGACAUCUGCGUCCACCUCAACAGGAAGGUGUUCAAGGAGCACCCGGCGUUCCGGCUGGCCAGCGACGGCUGCUUGCGCGCCCUCGCCAUGGAGUUCCAGACCGUGCACAGCGCGCCGGGCGACCUCAUCUUCCACGCCGGGGAGAGCGUGGACAGCCUCUGCUUCGUGGUGUCGGGGUCACUGGAGGUCAUCCAGGACGACGAGGUGGUGGCCAUUUUGGGUAAAGGCGACGUGUUCGGCGACGUCUUCUGGAAGGAGAUGACGCUGGCUCAGUCCUGCGCCAACGUGCGAGCGCUGACCUACUGCGACCUCCACAUCAUCAAGCGCGACGCGCUGCAGAAGGUUCUGGAGUUUUACGCCGCCUUCGCAAACCACUUCGCCAGGAACCUGGUGCUCACCUACAACCUGAGGAAGAGGAUUGUUUUCCGGAAGAUCAGCGACGUGAAGCGUGAGGAGGAGGAGAUGUUGAAGCGGAAGAACGAGGCUCCCCUGAACCUCCCCCCGGACCACCCCGUCCGCCGCCUCUUCCAGCGCUUCCGGCAGCAGAGGGAGGCGCGGCUGGCGGCCGAGCGCGCCGACGUGGAGCGGGCCGCGGUUCCCCCGGGGGCGCCGCCAGGUCCCCGGAUCCUGGCCUCCACCCGCAUAGACAUGGUGACCGAGUGCCCGGCCACGCCCACCGCCGCCGCCGCCUCGUCCAAGCCCUCGAGCCGCGUCAUGCUGCACGCGCCCGCCGCCCCCCCGAACGCGAACGCCGUGGGCUGCAAGUCGGCGGAGCCGCCCAAAGCCCGCGGCUGGGGCCGCUUCCGGGAGACGGUCGGGAAGGCCGAGUCCUGGAGCAGCGUCUCCAAGGCCGAGUCCAUGGAGACGCUGCCCGACCGGACCAAGUCCCAGGACGGGACGCCCCUCAAGAAGACGGACUCCUGCGACAGCGGCAUCACCAAGAGCGACCUGCGGCUGGACGACGCCGGCGAGCGGAGCCCCGUGCGCUGCGAGGAGAAGGCGGACCCCGGCGCGGCGCCGGAGGCGGGCAGCGGCGCGGCACAGGCCGCCUCCUUCCUGGAGCUGAAGCAGGAGCUGAGGGGAGACAUCCGCUCGCUGAACGGCCGCAUGGCGGCGCUGGAGUCCCAGCUGGCCGAGAUGCUGCGACUCCUCAAGUCGCGGAAGUCCUCGGGCUCCUUCUUCGAGAUCUCGCGGCCUCCGUCCCCGGACUCGGACAGGGACAGCUUCUCCUAAGCAGGGCGCGGUGAAGGUCACGUGGAGGUCGCGGACCCAAGUGAUGACGAGGCAGAUUUGACCUUCAUGGUCCUCGCUGGGGGGGGGGGGGGGGGCCUUUUGACCUUCAUUUAAUUUCAGCAAUAAUGAAACACGGCUUUAACUUUUGUUCAUUCUGAACACUGUGAUGAAGGAAACCGCCUCAAAGGGUCGAGGCGAUCGAUCAAAUCUUUAAAUCCGACACUAAACUAAUGUCACCCCUUCACCUUUUUCCUAACGGCUGCAUGAUGUCACAUCUGAAGCAACGUGACGCUUUGACUAUGAACCGUGUGUCUCUGAUGUUUUUAUAUCCAGAAUGAAUGUGAAAGAUUCGAUGCGUCACGAUGACAUGAUUUUUCUAUUUGAACUGAGUCCCAGUCGGUUCGGCUCAGGAUGGUGCUCGCAGGGUUAGAACUCCUCCAGUGAUCUGAUUGGGUGAUUGAUGAUGAUGAUUUAAAUACAUACUGAGUCCCGGUGUAAACGUGCUCUUUGAUCCCAGCGCUUCUAAGAGAGGCUUCAUUUACGACUUCACUAUAAAUGACUACAUGAAAUGUGACGCAUGGGGUGAAGGGGAGGACUUUUUUAAAUCUUCCUUCAUUACGUUCACUCGUGCGCCUUUGAUCCGCCUUCCUUCACGGCACUUUCCUCCUCUCACUGUGAAGCUCCACCGUCUCUCACUCCUCCUGAAGGUCCUCCCCAGAGCUUCUUUGUGGGCCCAUGUGACUCGUCACUCCCCCCCUCUGUGCGUGUUCUCAUCUCAGUGUCUCGUUGUCGGGGGGGGGGGGGGGGGUGGAUAACAUCUGCAGUGUUUAAUGUUUUGCUUUUCAAACUCCAUUGACGGCUCGGCGUUAAAUUACAUGUAGCCACUAGGGGGCAGCACGUGUCACACGCUAACACUUGCAAACCUGCGAAAUGUUUCAGCGUGCAAACAUCGGCAUAAAUAUCCCACAAUGCAAUGCUGUAAUGACGUCCGCGUCCAUAAUGGCGUCUGUCAUGUGUGAUGCGUGAUGCCCCAAAGUAGGUGUGGCUGAGAUGUUUCUGUGUUGGAGGUGAAAUGUCCCGUGGGGGGUCGGAGGUCAUCGUCUCUCCGCUGCAAUCGGCUGAAUGCGUCCGUCGGGUCUUCAUUGAUCUUCUUUGGGCUUUUCUUUGUCUGCCUCCAGCAAAGCAAACCGCAACCACUUCAUUCCUCAGCUGCUCGCAACUUUUGACCCAAAAUCUGUCGACUUUGGGUCCAAAGUGGAGGAAGAAAUCGUGAUGCCUAAAGUCAUUGUUUUCUUUAAACAACCUUAUUUAUGAGCUCACAGAAUUUUUAUUUUUUUUCACCCGAUUUUGCACUUGAUAUUGACGAAUAAACGUUAUUUUUGUAAGUAUAUAAAGUUCUGCCGCUUUUUAUCAUCCACAAACAAAGCGAAAGGAAGCGUCGGAUGCUUCCUUCCUGUCGUCAUGACGACGAGUUUGCUUCCAUCCCGACGUCCCCCGUGUUGGUGUGAUUAUAAUAAUGCGUCAUAAUAAUAUGCAAUUAUUUAUCGAUGUCUGCUGCUUGCGCCGAGGGACGGGUCGCUGCGCCGUGGUACCGCGCCGGUCUCACGGCGUCCCAUGAGCCUCGCUGGUACCCGCCACUGAUGCACUUUGCUCGUCUCUGCAUGACGCUCGUAACCUGAGUGCUUAUUUUGCCUCGCUUUCUCUGAGGAAGGAAGGUUCCGUUGUCCUUUGACCCUUGACCCCCCUCUCCGCCGCGGGUCACAUGUAUGUAGCGUCUUGGUCCAUGUCUCACGUGCACCUCUGGAGGACGGGGGACGCAACCACCGAUGUGUAGUCUCACCUCUGAGAAACUGUAUCAGCACAAAGCGUUUCUAAAGGGAACGACGCCAAUAAAUGAUUUGAUACUUUGUACUUUGCUCCCUUUGGUCUCCUUUGACGUUCAUAAAAGACGUGGUUUAGAUAAACGUCUUCUAAACGUCCGUCCAGCCUCGUCCGGGGAGGACGGAGUAUUUCAACGAGACCAUCUGACGGAAAACUCCCCAGGACCCGUCGGCUUGGUUUAUUACUCCUUCAGUUUCCCUCCUGGUCGCUCACAGCUGACCUUGAAGCUCACGCUUCGGCCCCCGCUGACACCAACAAACCCCCCCCCGUUUGCGUCUCAUUGCACUGGUACACAAACACGGGGGG